AUGAAUCUGAUGGUGAAGUAUAUGUAUAUCUUCUUGGUGUUGCAAGCGUACGACAUUGUUGGAUAUUUGGUUGUUCAACCAUCUUCGGGUUGGGGACUUCAGUGUUUUAAAGUUGAAGCAUGCAGCCCUUUUAUCUGUUACCUCCAGAGAGGGACAGUUGGGGAUUUCGGUCUUUUAAAGUUGAAGCAUGCAGCCUUUUUAUCUGCUAGAUCCGCGGAGGGACGCUCUGUUAGUGUUAAUACAUCAGGAAUUGGUGUUGGCAACCAAUUGGGCCUUGCUGACCUCCAUGAAGGGAGUACCGGCCCCAUCACGGUUAUGGUUUGCAGAAAGUGGGACGUCACAAGUGUCAAUGGACGCUUCAUGAGCACUGACUAUGUCGCCAGUGAUAUAAAGGGAGGUGUCAUGCAUUGUACCGCCUGGAAUAACAUUGCACAUUACUUCUUUGAUAAGCUAAAAGAGGGUGGGGUAUAUUUACUCAAGGGUUUUGUAGUCCAACGCACCGAUCAAUACCGGAUUCUGAAAGACAACCCCUUUGUUAUCGGGUUAAAUGGCUCCACGGUAGUUAAGAAGGUUGACGAUGCCGGUGGUUCAUUUACGCGCUACCCGUUCUUACUUACGGCGUUUGAGGAACUCGAACCAACAGAGGGAAAGUACUUUGUAGAUGUUAUCGGAUAUGUUACUGAGGUGGGGCCGCAGUCUGUGAAAUCAUCGGGUGCUCGCGCGGUUGAGUUCAAUCUAACCAACGAACGCAAUCGCCGGGUUAGAGUGACGCUGUGGGGUGAUCUCGGUGAUGUUAUGAUUAAGAAGAAGGACGAAAACCCGGCUGUCUAUUGUCUAAUCCUGACUUCCAUGAGCGCAAAGUUUUACCUGGGUGUCCUUGGUUUGUCCAGUUCAUCGUCAACUAUGCUCAUUGAUUCCUCCGAGGUUCCCGCACUGCAAACUUUUAAGUCGUCUGUCAGCUGUGUUCCUAUUGGAGAUGCUAGCGAUCCAGUCACCGAGGAAGUGGUAAGUGUUGGUACCCUACAAGAGCUUGUGGACAGAGUUCGUGCUGACAAAUCCAAAAAAAAAGCCAUCCUUUUCCGGAACGUUGUAGAGAUUACGUCUAUUAGAACCAAGAACAGCUGGUAUCUUUUCGCGUGUUCCGGGAGCCAAUGUCGUAGGGGACUAACAAGAGAGGGAGGUUACUUCAUUUGCAAGGCGUGCAAAUCGAAGGUUGACUAUCCAAGGACGAGGGUGAUUUGGUGCCCUUCUACCUUCACCACCAAACAAUUUUGUCCCCGUAGUACCAUUAUUAUUGAUCUACUUUACCCUGCUAGGUUUCGGAUUCAAGCGGAUGUAACUGAUGGAACGAUGAGCACCGUUGUCACCCUCUUUGAUGAAGUUGCUGAGCAGUUGGUCAAGAGGACCGCAAAAUCCUUGGUAGAGGAGCAGCUGAAUGAUACUUCUAUAGAUGCUCCCAUACUACCCUCCGCCCUCGAAUCCCUUAUUGGAACAAAACACACUUUUGAGAUAAAGAGCCACAUAUACUACCAUUAUGGAGAAUAUGAGAGCUUCAAUUGUGCGAAGAUUGUCGGCCCUGGUUUGGAUAAUACAGAUGGGAACGUUAAGUGUGUCACGUCGGAUUUGGGUGCCAUACCAUCUGACUCCCCAAAGCGUGGUUCGAGCCUCCCGCCUCCGACACCCGGAACUGGACGCAAACUUAGAAAGCUCUACCUUGAAGAAUCGGAUGACGAUGAUGAGGGGGUGUCCGUUGAUCGUGUGCAUGUUACCGGUGUGGUCGACAAUAGUGGGGAUGCUAAGAAGGGCUCUCGCUGA